AUCAGCAACAGUAGCACCAUCAGCAACAACAGCAACAACAGCACCAUCAGCACCAUCAGCAACAGCAGCACCAUCAGGAACAGCAGCACCAUCAGCAACAACAGAACCAUCAGCACCAUCAGCAAUAGCUGCAGUACCAUUAGCAACAGCAGCACCAUCAACAACAGCAGCACCAUCAGCAACAGCAGUACCAUCAGCAAGUGCAGUACCAUUAGCAAUAGCAGUACCAUCAGCAACAGCAGCACCAUCAGCAACAACAGCACCAUCAGCACCAUAAGCAACAGCAGCAUCAUCAGCAACAGCA